AUGGAAGGGACCAAACAGCUCAUGCAAGUCAUCCAUGAAAUGCGCUCCGAGAUCAUCAAGCUAGAGAGAGAAAACAGAGCCCUUCGUGGAGAACUUCAGUUCGAUGGGUCAAAGGGAGCAAAGCAAGAGGAAGGAACAGGAGAAGACGCUGGAAAGGAGGAAGCCUGGAACCUCACAGACUCGGCUGGAGAGGCUGCUGUGGCUUUGCGCAGGAAUGUCUCUGCUGGAUCCGCUCUGAUGUUACAGGAACAAAAAGGUAACAUAAUGACUGUCAGGCGUUACUCCAUCUCUUCAUCUGUGCAUUCACUUCCUGGCAACAAACACCAUAAAACUGACAAGAGGAAUCCAUUCAAGGGAGCCCUGGAAGUGAAGGGCAUAAUCAAACAAUCAGCUUUCCCUACUGAUAUACAACUAACCAACAAAGAAGAAAAGGGGUUUGCAAAAAUCCCAUCUGAUUGCCUCUCCAGCAGUUCAUCCAAUAAAAGGAGAUCUUUCCAAGAUCAUGUUUACAAGUGCAGGGGUAAAGUAAAGGCCGUCAGUUUCCUGUUACCGGUGGACAUGUCCCCCUAUUCUGAAAAUCAAGGUUCUUUCACAUGCCAGCAAAAUCAGAACACAAAACAGUUAAGUCCAAUUAUUGAAAAGGACAUGUGA